CGGCGGGGCGCGCAGGGGAGCGGCGGCCGCGGGAUGGCGCGCAGCACCGGCGCCUAGCCCAGCCCGGAGCCGCCGCCGCCGGAGCCGCGGGAGGAGCCGCCGCCGGACGCUGGGCCCGGGAGCCCCGCCGCGCCAGACGCUGUGCGCGCCGCAUCGCCCCGCUCCGCCUGGCAGCCCGGAGGGGUCCCGGGGCCGCGGGCCGCCGCCGCCAUGCCCGCCGCCGAGCCCCCGCCGCCCGAGGACUCUGGGACUACGCCGAGGCCUAACUUUGAUUAGGUCGUCCCGAGCGAGGCCCGCGCGGGCCGGGUGGGGGGCUGGCCGCGGCACGCGCGCGGAGGAUGGAUGGCCGAGACUUCGGGCCCCCGCGGUCUGUGCACGGCCCCCCGCCGCCGCUGCUCUCCGGCCUGGCCAUGGACAGCCACCGCGUGGGCGCGGCCACGGCCGGACGCCUGCCCGCCUCCGCCUUGCCCGGCCCGCUGCCACCCGGGAAGUACAUGGCCGGCCUCAACCUGCACCCACACCCGGGCGAGGCCUUCUUGGGCGGCUUUGUGGCCGGAGGGAUGGGGCCCUCGGCCUCGUCGCACGGGAGCCCACUGCCCCUGCCCUCGGAGCUCUCCUUCCGCUCCCCCACCCCCAGCAACCUGCCCAUGGUGCAGCUGUGGGCCACCCACGCCCACGAAGGUUUCUCCCACCUGCCCAGUGGGCUCUACCCACCCUACCUCCACCUGAACCAUCUGGAGCCCCCCAGCAGCGGGAGCCCCCUCCUCAGCCAGCUGGGCCAGCCCAGCAUUUUCGACACCCAGAAAGACGGCUUCUACCUGCCCGCCCCGGGGGCGCCAGGCACGCUGCACUCCCACGCGCCCUCCUCGAGGACCCCAGGCAGCCAUUCCUCGGGCACCCCAGCCAAAGGCUCGUCAAGGGAAGGCCCCGCCAAGGAUCGGGCGGGCCGCGGCGGGGAGCCGCCUCCGCUGUUCGGCAAGAAGGACCCCAGGGCCCGCGAGGAGGCGGCGGCGGGGCCGCGCAGCGUGGUGGACCUGACCCAGGAGGCGCGGGCAGAGGGCCGCCAGGACCGCGGGCCCCCGCGCCUCGCCGAGCGCCUGUCGCCCUUCCUGGCCGAGCCGGGGCCGCCGCGGGUGUCGGGCGCGGCCGCCGCCGAGGCCAAGGGCAAGAGCCUGCUGCAGGUGUCGUCGGCGCUGGGCCUCUGCAACGGCGCCGCGGACCCGGGGCUGCCCGCGCUGGGGGCCGAGCCGGGCCGCGGCGGCAAGGAGGCGGCCCGCCAGGACGAGAACGCGCGGCCCGUGGCGCUGGGGCCGGCGGAGCGUCUGCGGCGCGCCGAGGCCCUGCUGCCCGGGCCGUGCCCCUGUCCGUCGCCGCUGCCGCCGGGCAAGGGGCCGCCAGCGCCCGCCGCCAACGCGGCCGCCGGGGCCUUCUCGGCGCCGCAGCCCGGCCCCGCGGGCGUCUACACCAUCUUCCCCGCGGCGCGCGAGCCGGGCCGCGAGCACCGCGUGGUGGCGCCCACCUUCGUGCCUUCCGUGGAGGCCUUCGACGAGCGCCCGGGGCCCAUCCAGAUCGCGUCGCAGGCGCGCGACGCCCGGGCCCGGGAGCGCGAGGCGGCCAGGGCCAGCGUCCUGCAGGCGCCGCCGCCCGAGGCCCCGCGGCCGCCCCCGGAGCGGCCCGAGGUCCUGCGCGAGAAGAACUCGGUGAUCCGCUCGCUGAAGCGGCCGCCGCCCGCCGAGGCCCCGCCGGCGCGCCCCACGCGCGCCUCCCCGGACCCCCGCGCCUACCUCCCCGCCAAGGAGCUGCUGAAGCCCGAGGCUGAGCCGCGGGCCUGCGAGCGCGCGCCCCGCGUCCCCGCCGCCGCUUCCCAGCAGGCCGCCAAGCUCUUCGGCCUGGAGCCCGGGCGGCCGCCCCCGCCCGCGGCCCCUGAGCACAAGUGGAAGCCCUUCGAGCUGGGCGGCUUCGCCACGACGCAGAUGGCCGUGCUGGCCGCGCAGCACCAACACGCCAGCCGCGCCGAGGAGGAGGCCGCGGCCGCCUCCAAGAAGGCCUACCUGGACCCCGGGGGCGCGCUGCCCCGCGCGGCCUCCUGCGCCAGGCCCGGCGCCGACCUGCACCCCGCGGCCCACGGGCCCGGCGAGGCCUCGGCCAUGCAGAGCCUGAUCAAGUACAGCGGCUCCUUCGCCCGCGAGGCGGUGGCCGUGCGCCCCGGCGGCUGCGGCAAGAAGAGCCCCUUCGGAGGCCUGGGCACCGUGAAGCCCGAGCCCGCGCCUCCGACCUCCGCCGGCGGCGCCGCCCCGCGCGCCCAGGCCCGCCUCCCGCACCCCGGAGGCCCCGCGGGGGGCGGGGGCCGCCAGCUGAAGCGCGACCCCGAGAGGCCCGAGAGCGCCAAGGCCUUCGGGCGGGAGGGCUCCAGCGCCCAGGGCGAGGCCGAGGUGCGGCACCCGCCGGUGGGCAUCGCGGUGGCCGUGGCGCGGCAGAAGGACAGUGGCGGGGGCGGCGGGGCCCGGCUGGGGCCCGGGCUGGCGGACCAGGAGCGCUCGCUGUCGCUGAGCAGCGUCAAAGGGCAUGGACGCACAGACGAGGACUGCGAGGACAGGGCCCGGCAUCGGGAGGAGCGGCUGCUGGGCGGGCGGCUGGAGCGGGACCAGGAGAAGCUGCUCAGAGAAAGCAAGGAGCUGGCUGACUUGGCCCGCCUGCACCCCACCAGCUGUGCUGCCAACGGCCUGAACCCCAACCUCAUGGUGACCGGGGGCCCAGUGCUGUCGGGCUCGGGCCGCUGGUCCGCGGACCCUGCUGCCCACCUGGCCACGCACCCCUGGCUGCCCCGCUCGGGCAGCACGUCCAUGUGGCUUGCCGGACACCCCUACGGCUUGGGCCCCCCAUCUCUGCACCAGGGCAUGGCGCCCGCCUUCCCGCCUGGCCUGGGGGGCUCCCUGCCGUCGGCCUACCAGUUUGUCAGGGACCCCCAGUCGGGCCAGGUGGUGGUCAUCCCCAGCGAUCACCUGCCUCACUUUGCGGAGCUGAUGGAGCGGGCUGCGGUGCCACCGCUCUGGCCCGCCCUGUACCCGCCCGGCCGUGGCCCCCUGCACCACGCGCAGCAGCUGCAGCUCUUCUCCCAGCAGCACUUUCUGCGGCAGCAGGAACUUCUGUACCUGCAGCAGCAAGCGGCCCAGGCCCUGGAGCUGCAGCGCAGCGCUCAGCUGGUGCAGGAGCGGCUGAAGGCCCAGGAGCACCGGGUGGAGAUGGAGGAGAAGGUGAGCAAGCGGAGCCUGGAGGCGGCGGGCAAGGCCGGCCUGGCCGCUGCGGGCCCCGGGCUGCUGCCUCGGAAGCCCCCCAGCCUGCCCAGCGGCCCCGGGGGCACCUAUGGCCCGGCCAUGAGCCCACCGCCACCCCUGUCUCCCCGCGCUUCCCCCGUGGCUGCCCUGAAGGCCAAGGUCAUCCAGAAGCUGGAGGACGUGACCAAGCCACCCGGCUACACCUACCCGGCCUCACCCAGCCCCCGGCCCAGCAGCCCGCCGCCCGCCUCCCCGCCUCCCCCGCCCGGCAUCACCCGCAAGGAGGAGGCGCCCGAGAACGUCGUCGAGAAGAAAGACCUGGAACUGGAGAAGGGCGCCCCCAGCCCCUUCCAGGCCUUGUUCUCAGACAUGUCGCCCAGGUACCCGUUUCAAGCUCUGCCACCGCACUAUGGGCGACCCUACCCCUUCCUGCUGCAGCCCACGGCCGCGGCCGAUGCAGACGGCCUGGCCCCUGAUGUGCCGCUGCCUGCUGAGGGGCCUGAGCGCCUGGCACUCUCGCCUGAAGACAAGCCCCUCCGCCUGUCGCCCUCCAAGAUUCCCGAGCCGCUGCGGGUGGACCCCGAGGAGGAGCCCCUGGUGGAGCGCGAGGUGAAGGCGGAGGUGGAGGACAUGGACGAGGAGCCUACAGAGCUGCCCCCGCUGGAGUCGCCGCUGGCCCUGCCCACCCCGGAGGCCAGGCCGGCCCCCAGUCCUGUGGGUGGCUGUGGAGGAGUGCUGCUGGAGGCCCAGGCACUGAGCACCGGGGGGCAGGUCUGCACCGAGCCCUCUGAGGGCCUGGACUUCGCAGAGGGGCCUGAAGCCCGAGUCGACUCGCUGGGCCAGACGGAGCCCUGCGCGGCCACCCCGGACCCGGGGCCACAGCUGAUGCCCGAGGCGCUGGUUGAGGCCAAGGAGGAGCCGGUGGAGGUGCCCGUCGGUGUGCCUUUGGAUGUGCCCCUGGCGGAGGCUGUGCCCGAGGACGGCCUGGCCCCUGCGGCCCCUGGCGAUCUGCGGCCCAGCCUGGAAUUGCCUGAUGGCGACGUGCCUGCUGGGGAUGGACAGUGCCCGAGCCUGGAGGCCCAGGAGGCCGCCCCUGUGCUCGGCAGCACCUGCUACCUAGAGGAGGUGGGCGCUGACCAAUUCCUGCCCAGCCUGGAGGACCCGCUGGCCGGUAUGAACGCCCUGGUGGCAGCCGCGGAGCUGCCCCAGGCCAGGCCUUUGCCCUCCCCGGGCACCGGACCUCCGGCCUUGGAGAAGCUGGAAGCGGCCCAGACUCUCGUCCUGGAACAGAGCUUCCUGCACGGCAUCACCCUGCUUAGCGAGAUCGCCGAGCUGGAGCUGGAGAAGCGGAGCCAGGACGUGGGAGGUGCGGAGCGGGGCCCGGCAGUGCGGCCCUCGCUGGAGAGCCUGCUGGUGGCCAGCAGCCACGUGCUGCAGGAGGUGCUGGACGGCCCCUUCGGGGACCCGCUCAAGAACCUGCGGCUGCCCCGGGAGCUGAACCCCAACAAGAAGUACAGCUGGAUGCAGAAGAAGGAGGAACGGAUGUACGCCGUGAAGUCCUCCCUGGAGAGCAUGGACGCCGUGGAGCUGGACUUCCGCAUGCGGCUGGCCGAGGUGCAGCGGCAGUACAAGGAGAAGCAGCGCGAGCUGGUGAAGUUGCAGAGGCGCCACGAGGCCGAGGACAGGCGCGAGGAACCCCAUAGAAGCUUGGCACGCAGAGGCCCCGGCAGGCCGCGGAAACGGACGCCCGCCCCGAGCGCCCUGCCGGCCCCCCGCGGGAGAGGGAGGAGCCGCACCAGUGGCGGAAAGCUGAGCAGCAAGUCCCUGCUGAUGUCAGAUGAGUACGAGCUGGGAACAGGGAUCAGGAAGAGACACAAAGGGGCCGAGGAGGACCACGAUGCCCUUGGUGGAAUUGGGAAAGCCAGGGGGAGGAGCCAGCCCUGGGAUGAGCACGAAACCUCUUCCGACUUCAUGAGCCAGCUCAAGAUUAAGAAGAAGAAGAUGGCCAGCGACCAGGAACAACUGGCGAGCAAGCUGGACAAAGCGCUCUCCCUCACCAAGCAGGACAAGCUGAAGUCGCCCUUCAAGUUUUCCGACAGUUCUGGGGGGAAAGCGAAAUCUGGCGGGGGCUGCAGCAGGUACCUGGCUCCUUACGACGGCCUGCUGAGCAAGGACAGAAGGGCCCUGGCCAAAGGCCUUGGCCUGUCCCUCAAAGCCUCCAGAGAAGGUAAACACAAACGGGCGGCCAAAGCCAGGAAGAUGGAGGUGGGGUUCAAGGGCAGAGGCCAGCCCAAGCCGGCCCCGUCCCCGUUCGCCUCGGAAGUGAGCAGCUACUCCUACAAUACGGACUCAGAGGAAGAAGACGAGUUCCUGAAGGACGAGUGGGCCGCCCAGGGCCCCUCCAGCUCCAAGCUGACGUCUUCCCUCCUGUGCGGCAUGGUGGCCCAGAGCAGCAAGCCAGCCGGAGCCCCCAAGCUGCCCAAGAGGGGCCUGGCGGCCGCCCGGACUCUCAAACCCAAGCCAGCCGCCAGCAGGAAGCAGCCGUUUUGUUUGCUGCUCCAAGAGGCCCAGGCCCGUUCCUCCGUCAGUGACUCUUCGGAGGACUCGUUUGACCAAGAUGAGAGCUCCGAGGAGGAGGACGAGGAGGAUGUGGAGAACGAGUUUGAGCAGGAAGCCGCCGAGGCUGCUGGUGGCUAUAGGCUGGGGACCCGGGAGCGGGCCCUGUCGCCAGGCCUGGAGGAGAGCGGGCUGGGCCUGCUGGCGCGCUUUGCGGCCAGUGCCCUGCCCAGCCCCACCGUGGGGCCGUCCCUGUCGGUGGUGCAGCUGGAGGCCAAGCAGAAGGCGCGGAAGAAGGAGGAGCGGCAGAGCCUGAUGGGCACGGAGUUCGAGUACACCGACUCGGAGAGCGAGGUCAAGGUGCGGAAGCCGGCCCCCGCCGGCCUCCUGCGGCCCAAGAAGGGGCCGGGGGAGCCGGGGCCCUCCCUGGCCGCCCCCGCCCCCAGCGCCCGCGGCCCCGGCCCCGGCAGCCCCGACAAGGCCAAGCUGGCGGCCGAGAAGGGACGCAGGGCGCGCAAGCUGCGGGGCCCCAAGGAGCCCGGCUUCGAGGCGGGGCCCGAGGCCAGCGACGACGACCUGUGGACGCGGCGGCGCAGCGAGCGCAUCUUCCUGCACGACGCCUCGGCCGCGGCCCCCGCGCCCACCAGCGCCGCGCCCGCCACCAAGGCCGCCCGCGGCGCCAAGAGCGGCGCGCUGAGCCCGCGCAAGGACGCCGGCCGCGCCAGGGACAGGAAGGACCCCAGGAAGAAGAAGAAGGGGAAGGAGGCAGGGCCGGCGGCCGCACUGCAGCCCACCCGUGUCCCCGCACUGCCCUCGGAGGCCCGGGCCCCGCACGCCGGCUCCCUGGCCAAAAGGAGCAGGGCCAAGGCCAAGGCCAAGGAGGUGAAGAAGGAGAACCGCGGCAAGGGGGGCGCCGUGAGCAAGCUGAUGGAGAGCAUGGCCGCCGAGGAGGACUUCGAGCCCAACCAGGACUCCAGCUUCUCCGAGGACGAGCAGGUCCCGCGCGGCGGGGCCCUGGAGCGGCCCCUGACCCCAGCCCCCCGCUCCUGCAUCAUCGACAAGGACGAGCUGAAGGACGGCCUGCGUGUGCUCAUCCCCUUGGACGACAAGCUGCUGUACGCGGGGCACGUGCAGACAGUGCACUCGCCGGACAUAUACCGCGUGGUGGUGGAGGGGGAGCGUGGGAACCGGCCGCACAUCUACUGCCUGGAGCAGCUGCUGCAGGAGGCGAUCAUCGACGUGAGACCGGCCUCCACCCGCUUCCUGCCACAGGGGACCAGGAUCGCCGCCUACUGGAGCCAGCAGUACCGCUGCCUGUACCCGGGCACCGUGGUGCGAGGGCUGCUGGACCUGGAGGACGACGGGGACCUGAUCACGGUGGAGUUUGACGACGGGGACACUGGGAGGAUCCCCCUCUCACACAUCCGCCUCCUGCCCCCCGACUAUAAAAUCCAGUGUGCCGAGCCAUCCCCAGCCCUCUUGGUGCCGAGCACCAAGCGCCGCAGCCGGAAAACCAGCAAAGACACCGGGGAAGGCAAAGAUGGGGGCGCAGCGGGGUCCGAGGAGCCCGGCCCCAAGGCCCGAGGCCGCGGGCGCAAAGCCAGCACCAAGGCCAAGGGUGAGAAAGCUGCUGUCAUGGAGGAGGGGGCCCCAACGGACGAGGUCCCCAGUACCCCCUUGGCCCUGGAACCAAUCAGCACCCCAGGAUCCAAGAAGAGCCCCCCGGAAGCCACGGAGAAGCGGGCCAAGACCCCCAAAGCUCGCCCUUCGCCCCCCCAGCCCAGCCCAGCGCCACCCGCCUUUGCCAGCUGCCCAGCCCCCGAGCCCUUUGGGGAGAUGCCGGCGCCCCCCGCCGCCCUGACCCCGGCCCCUCUCGUCCCCAUGCCCCUCACCAUGCCCGCCACCCGGCCCAAGCCCAAGAAGGCCCGGGCUGCCGAGGACCUGGGGGCCAAGGGCUCCCGGAGGCCCGGGGAGGGGGCUGAGCUACUGGUCAAGCUGGACCACGAGGGGGUGAUGUCACCCAAGAGCAGGAAGGCCAAGGGGGCCCUGCUGCUCCAGGAGGACCCGGGGGCCGGGGGCUGGCCGGAGCCCAAGGGCCUCCUGAGCCUGGGCGGCUACCCACCGGGCCUGGGCAGCGGUGAGCCCAAGCCGGCCCGGCCAAAGGCCUGCGACGGAGACCUCUCCCAGGAGCCCGGGCCGGGGCGCACGUUCGAGGAUGCUGGGGACCCCGAGAGCCCGGACAAGGCGCCGGCCCAGCAGGACGGGGCCGAGGGGUCCGAGAGCAGCGGUGGCAGUGGCAGCAGCAGUGGCAGCAGCAGCGGCAGCAGCAGCAGCAGCAGCUCGGAAACCGAAGGCGAGGAGGAGGGUGAGAAGAACAGGGAGGAUGGCCGAGGCGGCGGCAGAACCCACAGCGCCUCCAGCUCCAGAGCUUCCUCGCCGGCCUCGUCCUCCUCGUCCUCGUCUUCGUCCUCCUCGUCUUCAUCCUCCUCCUCGUCCUCGUCUUCCUCCUCCUCCUCAUCCUCGUCUUCCUCCUCGUCCUCGUCCUCUUCAUCGUCGUCAUCGUCCUCCUCCUCCUCCUCCACCACCGACGAGGACUCCUCCUGCAGCUCGGACGACGAGGCCGCCCCGGCCCCCGCGGCCGGGCCCUCCGCCCAGCCUCCGCUCCCCUCCAAGGCCUCCAAGCAGGCAGCCAAGGCCCGCUCCUCAGCCCACUCCCCCGGCAGGAAGGCACCGGCCCCCCAGCCCCCGGCCCCCCCGCCCCAGCCCCCCCAGCCUCUGCAGCCCAAGGCUCCGGCCGGGGCAGGCGCCAAGAACCGACCCAAGAAGAGAGAGGGCGUCCACCUGCCCACCACCAAGGAGCUGGCCAAGCGGCAGCGCCUGCCGUCCGUCGAGAACCGGCCCAAGAUCGCCGCCUUCCUGCCCGCGCGGCAGCUCUGGAAGUGGUUUGGGAAGCCCACACAGCGGCGCGGCAUGAAGGGCAAGGCCCGCAAGCUCUUCUACAAGGCCAUCGUGCGCGGGAAGGAGAUGAUCCGCAUCGGGGACUGCGCCGUGUUCCUGUCGGCCGGCCGCCCCAACCUGCCCUACAUCGGCCGCAUCCAGAGCAUGUGGGAGUCGUGGGGCAACAACAUGGUGGUGCGCGUCAAGUGGUUCUACCACCCGGAGGAGACCAGCCCGGGCAAGCAGUUCCACGAGGGCCAGCACUGGGACCAGAAGUCGGGGCGGAGCCUCCCCGCAGCCCUGCAGGCCUCCAGCCAGAGGAAGGACUUCAUGGAGCGCGCCCUGUACCAGUCCUCACACGUGGACGAGAACGACGUGCAGACGGUGUCCCACAAGUGCCUGGUGGUGGGCCUGGAGCAGUACGAGCAGAUGCUCAAGACCAAGAAGUACCAGGACAGCGAGGGCCUGUACUACCUGGCGGGCACCUACGAGCCCACCACCGGCAUGAUCUUCUCCCCCGACGGCGUGCCCGUGCUCUGCUGA